CUUCUUCUUCUCUCUGCCUCAUAUAUUUAUUACUCUCUCUUUCACAAACACAGAAACAAAAUAAAUAAAAAAUAUAAUUAAUGUGAGAAAAUCAAUUCAAAAAUUUCGACAUACGUAAUCUGAGAAGAAGGGUUGGGUGAAUACCGGCGGUGGAUCCGACGGCGAUGGCGAAGACCGGUGUUUUCGAUUCGGAUCCGACGGCGAUUGCGAAAGCCAAAGAACUGAAGCGUGAGAUGAAGAAGCUGCUGAUUAAGAUCGAAGAUGAAGAUGACUUUGGGGUUCAGACAAUUGAUCAGUUACAAGAGGCUUUGUCUGCGUUGAGAGAAGCGACGAUGAGGAAGAUGGCGAAAUCGUCUUCACUGGAGAUGCUCGAGACUGUGUCUUGUCCUGAGGAGUUUCGUUGUCCUCUCUCUAAUGAGCUUAUGAGGGAUCCUGUUGUUUUGGCUUCUGGUCAGGUUUGUGAACGUCACAUUCCGAUUACAUUGUUGAACAUAUCCAUACAUGAUGACAGCAACAAGAAGCUCGUCUGCGAUCCUUGUGUGAUUCCUCUACUUAUCGAUGCAUUGAGGCGUGGAACGGUAGCCACGAGAAGCAAUGCAGCUGCGGCGAUCUUUACUCUGUCGGCACUCGAUUCGAACAAAGUACUUAUAGGGAAGUCCGGAAUCCUGAAACCGCUUAUUGAUCUCCUAGAAGAAGGGAAUCCGUUAGCUAUCAAAGACGUAGCUGCAGCGAUCUUCACUCUUUGUAUAGCUCAUGAAAACAGGAGUAGAGCUGUGAGAGACGGAGCUGUUAGGGUUUUAGGUAAGAAAAUCUCAAAUGGGUUGUACGUCGAUGAGCUUUUAGCUAUAUUAGCAAUGCUUGUUACUCACUGGAAGGCUGUGGAGGAAUUGGGUGAGCUCGGUGGGGUUUCUUGGUUGCUGAAGAUAACUCGAGAGAGCGAGUGCAAGCGAAACAAAGAGAAUGCGAUAGUGAUACUGCAUACUAUAUGUUUCAGCGACAGGACAAAGUGGAAGGAGAUCAAAGAAGAGGAGAAUGCUCAUGGAACGAUAACAAAGCUUUCGCGUGAAGGAACUUCAAGGGCACAGAGGAAAGCAAAUGGGAUCUUGGACAGACUGAGAAAAGCUAUGAAUCUCACUCAUACAGCCUGAGAGAAGCCUUGGAUUCCGCAAUGUAAAUUAUCUAAAAUCCUGUUCUAACUUACUUUCUUUGGCUUUAAGAAUUUUUGUAAAUGAUUCGUAUCUUUAGGAUCUGAAUGAUUUUAUGGUUUUCGUAUAUGAGAUGUAAGUAGAAAUCUGUGUGAAUAGGUUUUUUUCCGUUUGAUUGUUUCUGGAGAAUCAAAUCAAUCAAUAAAAAUCAACGUUGGUGGCUUUAUUCA